AUGAGACAGUGAUCAGUGUUGGCCAGCUACAUUAGAACCGGAGCAGGAUACAGAAGAGAAAUAUAAGAAGCAGGUAGAUUAUAAGCAAAAGGUUAGAGAGGGAGAUAUAUUUUUACAAAUAAUAAAGGCAGAUAGAGAUGAAAUAAUUUGGGAGAGCUGUGAAGAGAGGAAGAUAUUGAAGUUAGAAAGAGGCUUGGCCAGUUUGACACCAAAGACAGAGCGCGAGAGAUAGAGUGAGUGAGAAUGCCAAUAAAGAUUAGUUGUGACAACAGUAAAUUCAAGAACGGUUAGUACAAUAUCUUCACCAGCAACAGAGACAGUGUAUAAGAAGUGUCAGUGGCAUGAGUGAGAUAGCAAAUAGCUAUUUUUAAAAUAUUCAUUCACACAUGGAGUGUAGUUUGGAGAAAUUAUAAGUUAACGGCCGUAUCAAUAGAGAACAUCUGAAACACCUUCAAAAGCACCUGUAAAAUAUAUUGACAACACACCUUACAGAUGAGUACGAAUCUUGGCAGUCUCGACCAAUUCAUUGCAAAGAGUCAAACUGAAACCUUUGCGAGGCAGCUGCAGAGCAGACUUCGGUCAUUGAGCAAUGACAGCACUGGCGACACAGCCGAGGACACAAGUUGGAAUGGUGACCGCCUGAGCUCUUCCUCUGAAAACGAUGUCUACUAUGACCUUGAGAGCUGUCCUAGCAGUCCUGCCGAGGAAGCGCUUGAAUCAGAUUUCUCCAGUUACAUCAACUCCAACCAACAUGAAACCUCCGGACCCUCGAACUUGAAUGAAACCAUAUUCACUUUUUACGAUGAUCUACAAACUGCUUCAAGUCGGGAGAUACAAGAAUGUGGGUACUGUCAUGACAACAACCUCAAAUCCAAUCAAAAUGAUUGCCCAAUCACUAACGGUAAAACUGUUACUCAUGGAAAAGGACCUCCAACCCCCUCCACACUAUUAGCAUCAUCAUCAUCAAUAAUCAACUGUAACCAUUCUAGUCAAAUUGAAAACGCCAGCUUACAAGAUCACAUCUCAACGAACGACUCCACAGACUUGACUGAUGAAAGUCUGAGGAGAGAAAUGUCAAACCACCUUCAUCUGAACAAAGUAUCGAGCAUUGAAAAAUUCACAAUAGAUAAUUACAUGAAUAAUGGUUAUUCUGUUAGUCGAAAAUCAACUUUUAAUGGAAAUUGUGAAUUAAAUUUGUGCUGUGCAAAGAAUGGGCAUUCUGAACCAUUCAGGGAUUUAGAAAGAAAACCGGGUGAAGACUCGAAUCAACUAAGCGGAUCAAAUUAUGAAGAUGAAUCAAUUAGUUAUAUAGAGAGCAUCAACGUUAAAUUAACAUCCUCCGUCAUAGAAACUUCAACAAAUGGAUCUCAAAGUAACGAGAGACUGGUUGUUGAGGAGGACAGUGCAAAAAAAAAUAAUAAUAACGUUCUAGUGAAUGAUGCUAUGACUACUGAUGAGAAAAGUAAACCUUUUUACACUGAAGAAGCCUUGGCACGACUUGUGGACACUGUUUUUAAUGGGUGUAGAACUUCUGAAGUUAUUCCUGAGUUGAAGUCAAUCCAAAAGUCUGGAAAAGAUCAAGAAGGAUCAAAAAGAAAGGAUGUUGAUGAAGAGGAGGAAGAAAGUAUAGAGGUGAGGAGAUUGAGGUUCAGGAGGAGUUCUUCUUUGAAAACAGGGAAGACACCUCCUGGCACACCAGGAAAGAAGAAAAUCGUCAGAUUUGCAGAUGUUUUAGGUUUAGACUUGGCUGAUGUUAGGACUUUCAUGGAUGAAGUUCCCAAGGUGCCAAAAUCGGCGUUUGAAGACCUGAAAGGAGUGGAGCUUUCGUCAUCUCCACCAGUUCGCUCCUUCUUCGACAUAGGCUUGCCAACUGCAAGCAGUCUGCACAAGACAAUUGUGCCCCUGUUUGAGCAGCCAUCAUGUCGCACUGAUUUCUUGGACAGGGUGAGGGACUAUUUUGUGUGUCUGGAGAAUGCAAUGGUUUCGGACGCUGCUCUGAGCACAAUAGCCGGGGUUGUGCGUGUCAAAAACAUCGAUUUUCACAAAAGUGUUUAUAUUCGCUACUCGAUUGAUGCUUGGAAAAGUUUUGCUGAUCUACAGGCGAGAUACGUUCCAAAUUCUUGUGAUGGAUUAUCUGAUAAAUUUUCAUUUGUAUUGUAUGCACACAUGCUCAAUGUUGGUCAAAAAAUGGAGUUUGCGGUAAGAUUUCAAGCAAGGGGGUGUCAGCACUGGGACAACAAUAAAGGCGCAAAUUAUGUUUUCCAGUGUAUAACAGGAGCACAUUCAAAGCAAAAUCUAUCACUGUAUGUUCCUCCCAGUCCUAUAGAAACGUGGGCAUCGUUUUACUGAAAAAAUCAAACUGAAUGUCUUUUUAGAUCCAUUGGAUGAACAUAAACAUAAAUCCGGUAUUAAAAAGUUUUUACUGUGGGUUUUUUCAAAAUAUGAGCUCUCAUAUCUAAGCCUAUUUAUAAUAUGAUAUUAUUCUAGUUUUUCAGUUGAGAUAUUUUCAAAAUAGUAGGCCUACAAUCUAGAAUAUUAUCUACCUUCUGUUGUAGAUUGUGAAACUGUAUAGAAUUUUGAAAAUAUUAGAGUACGGUACCGGUAGGUACCUACAUUUUAGACUUCAGAUUUUCAACAAUAUAAACUCACCUAUAAUCAGCCCAUACAAUCGUUGUAAUGUUUAUCUUUUUCAUGCAAAAGUUAUACUAUUUCAAGCCAAUACCACAGAAAAUAAAAAUACUAGAAUCAGAUAUGGGCUAUCGGGUACCGUAGUUUGAUAUUACUGAAUAGAUCUAUUUUAUAAAAUACUGAUGCAAAUAAUUAUAAUUAUUGUAAAUUUCAAAUUGACAAUAUAGCACCUUUAUGAGAAAAAAAAUAACAAUGAAGGGACAUAUGAAAUAAUAUGUAUAUAUUCAUAAAUGAUAGAUAAUGUGUAUUAAAUUUACAUAUAUGGUAUGGAAUUAUAUGAACUGUCAACCAAGGAAGACUGUUCAUAGGUCUACUUUCCACCUGCUAUGGGUAUGGAUUUUCAUAUUUGAAAUCAUAAUAAUACUCAUUUUAUAAUCUAGUCUCAGUAGAUAUAGAUUUUUUUAAUUUUUGCAACUUGUCUGAUUAAUUGCAAGAGAGUUUAUUAUCUAGAAACAUGAAUUAUUGGAAAUAAAAAUAUUUUUUCAAAUUGACCUAUAUUGGCUUACCAGCUUUCAAUCAAAAAUAUUUUGUUGUACCGUAUACAUUAAAUGUAGGUACUGAAGUUUCAUGGCUUCUAUUAAAUAUGUUUUUGUAACACUUUAUGAAAUUUACUAUGAUGUAAAUAGUAAUAAUGAGCAACUACCGGUAGGCCUAAUAGAAGUUCGACAGAAGUUAUCCUAUUAGACUUUUUAGAAGAUAAAAAGCAAGUACUAAAUUAAAUUUGCAGCAUAGUUCUCUUUUUCUAUAUAGUUCUAUAUUUUGGGGUGAGUUUUAUUAAUUUUGUUACCAACAACCUAGUACCUGCAGAAAAUUAAUUAAGGGAUUGGUAUGUGGAUUUUUAUUCCAAGUAAUGUAAUACAGUAUAUUUUUUGAAUAAAUUGAUAUUAUAUUUCUUA